CCCCGUCCGAAGCCCAAACCCAAACCCAAGCCCGGACCGAACGACCCCGCAUCCAUCUCUAGGUUUUCGAUUCCCCUCCACAGGAUGUCCGACCCCGCCGCCGGCGGCGCAAUCGUCCACGCCGACGGAGGCGGCAGCGCGUGGGCGAACGGCGGCCCCCUCUUCGGCGACAUGGUCUGGGGCAAGGUGAAGUCCCACCCGUGGUGGCCGGGCCACAUCUACAGUGUCGACCUCACCGACGACGAGGAGGUACACCGCGGCCGCCGCGACGGGCUCGUCCUCGUCGCGUUCUUCGGCGACUCCAGCUACGGCUGGUUCGAGCCGCAGGAGCUGGUCCCCUUCGAGGACCACUUCGCCGAGAAGGCGGCCCAGGGCGGCAGCUCCCGCAGCAGCUUCGCCGCCGCCGUCGCGGAAGCCGUCGACGAGGUCGCCCGCCGCAGCGCGCUCGCGUUGCUCUGCCCGUGCCGGGAACCUGGCGCGUUCCGCCCCCACCCCGGCGACGGCAGAUUCUUCCUGGUUGACGUCCCGGGAUUCGACUCCGACGCCGACUACCACCCCGACCAGAUCCAGGCCGCGCGGGAUCGAUUCGUGCCGCGGAAGGCGCUGGACUACCUGCUGGACGCGGCCGUGACUCAGCAGGACGUGGCCGAAGCCGCCGCGCGCACCGUGCCGGGGAUGGAGAUGGCCGGGCUGUUCAUGGCGUACCGCCGCACAGUGUUCGCCCCGCGCGACGACACCUACGCCGAGGCCUUCGGGGUGGAUCCGGAGAAGGUGCUUGAAGCCGAGAAGAAAGCAGCGGCUGAUCGAGCACAACGAGCUCGGCCUCUCAAGGGUGGGCCCAGGAAGACGCCGGACCAGGCCUCGCCGAUGCCCGGCCGCCGGAGGGGCGGCGCCGGCGGGGCCGCCGCCAGGCUCAUGGAGAAGAUCGUGCCGGGGGCCUCCGCCAUGAAGGCCAAGUCCAGCAAGAAGGACCAGUACCUGCUCAAGCGCCGGGACCCACCGGAGCCCGCGCACCGCCAGCAGCCGCCGCCGCUCCCGGACGCGCCGGCCCCGGCACCUCCUGCGCUCGACGACGGCCCGCCGGGGUUCCGCUCCGGGGACCCGCCCACGCCGCCACUGCCCGGGGGCACCCUUACCGACGAGGAGGAGUUCAUGCUGCAGCGCCGCGCGCCGCUCGUCGAGGUCCCACCCGCUGCCCAGGCGACCGAGGGGGGCGCUGCCGCCGCGGCCGCGUCCGCCGCCGCCGACGCCGCGCCCAAGAAGGCCACCAAGGCCAAGAAGCCCCGCAAGCGCGAGAUGGAGGAAGCUGCUGACGCGGGUCCCGGCGCCGCCGCGGCCGGCGAGCCCAAGAAGAAGAAGAAGAAGAAGAAGCUUAACGAUCUGGACGGCGCGGUCCCCAACGUGACCGACCCCAACGGGCUUGACUUGGCGCAGGUAAUAUCGGACAUUCGGAACCUCCCACUCGCCCCCUUCCACGGCGCCGACCGUCGCAUCUCUGACGCCGCUCGCUCCUUCGUCCUCGCGUUCCGCUCCAAGUACUACAAGAAGAGCUACGAGAACGACCCGCCCGAGGAGUCCAAGAAGAGCCUCGACAAACCCAGCGCCGCCGCCACAGCAGCCGCCGACGGCCAGCCAGUGAAGAAGAAGAAGCUGGUCGUGAGGCCUGGCGCCGGCAAUGACCCCACCAGAGCCGGCGUGAAGCGUGGGCCGUCGGACCGGCAGGAGGAGCUGGCCGUGAAGAAGAAAGCCAAGCUCGACAAGAUCAAGACAUUGUCCAGCGAGAAGAAGGCUGGAGGCCUGGAGCAGAGAGACAGCUCUGUCGCGUCCCCGGUUGCCCAGCAGCAGGCACGGCCCAAGGCCGAGACGGGUGCCGCCAAGAAGAAGGAGCCGGCGCCGGCUCCGAGGAUCAGGACCCCGUCACCGAUGGCGCUGAUGAUGAAGUUCCCGCUGAAGAGCACGCUGCCGUCGGUGGCGUCGCUCAAGGCGCGGUUCGCGCGCUUCGGGCCCCUCGACGUCGACGGCAUCCGCGUGUACUGGAAGUCCCACAUGUGCCGCGUCAUCUACAGGUUCAAGGCCGACGCCGAGGCCGCUCUCAGGUACGCCAGCGGCAACGCCAUGUUCGGGCAGGUGGACACCCAGUACCACCUCCGUGAGGUCGAGUCGGCGGGCCGGGAGCCAGCGGCGCCAGAAGCGCCACCCUCGCAGCAGCGCUCCGAGCUGCGGCUCAUGGAGACCGCCGCGUUCAGGCCCGGCAGCUCCGGCAACGGCGCUCCCCUGCCCAUGUCCAGGGCCGUGCCGGCGCGCCCGGCCGUGGGACAGCAGCCCAAGUCGAUCCUGAAGAAGAGCACGGAUGAUGGCACGGCCGGCGCCGCCGCCAGGGAGGCCCCUCGGGUCAAGUUCAUGCUGGACGCUGGGGACAGCAAGGUCGAUCCGCCUGCACCGCCGGCCACCGGCGGCGCGGACAGCAGCAAGGCCACCAAGUCGGUCGGUUUCGCCCCGCAGCCACCCGCGCGCACCCUGCAGCCGCCUAUGCGCCCCACGCAACCGCCCUUGCAGCAGCCUCCCCGCGCCGCCACCGCCGCCGCCGUCACCCAGCAGCUCCCGCCGCCGCCGCCACUGCCAUACCAGCCUCGCCCCAGCGACGGGCUGCUCCCCGGCUCAGGCCAGCAGCUACCAUACCCGCCUCGCCACACCGAAAUGCCAUUGGCAGCUUUCUCCAACAGCCUACCGCCACCGCCGUACCCGCCCCGCCACAGUGAGGGCCCGUCCGCCCUCCCUGGGCCCCCGCCGCUGCCACCGUACCCGCCUCGCUCCGCCGGUUUCCCCAGCCAGCAGCAGCAGGAGAUACCCGCGUGGAAGAGGAGCAAGGAGGAGUUCAAGGACGAGGUGUGGAGGCUCAUGACGGGGAUCGCCAAGAUCGUGGACCCGCUCACCGACAAGAACGGCUUCUUCCCCUACCACCUCUUCCGAGCGCAGUGAGCAUGGCGUCUUCCUCCUCCUCGUCCCACCGAGCUUGCAGAAGAGAGGUCGAUCGCGGCAGCUUCAUGGAUGGCCAUGGAGCUAGCGAGCUGCUGCCGCGUUGUAUCCGUCAGGCCCCAGUGCCAGUAGUAGUAGUAGCAGCGGUAAUGCUAGUAGCAACGGUGACUUUGCCGGAGAGUGAGUGGGGGAGAGUGGAGAACGGCAGGUGCCUGUGGUAGUGUAUGACUGUGGUUUUGUACUCUGGUUUGUGCGACAGCGUGUGUGCACUCCGUCCGUCGUCUAGAAUCUGGGAUAAUUAGACUCUUCUAUGGACAAAAAUGGGAUGGUUAUAGUGCGUGUUGCAUUUUAAAA